CGCCUUGUGUCCUCCCGCAACAUACUGGAGAAGUUGGAGUCACGAGAGACCUGAGCGACCGUUGAUCAACGCGCGAGAAACAUUCACCUCAACACCACGUUAACGUAAACUGGCCUGCUGAUGUCUUUCGGUGUUAUCGGGUUUAUCAAAAUGGAUGUGGCUGGUUGAGCUGUAACACCCCUCUUGUGAGGAGUAGACUGAGGAGCUCGAGCAGGAGUUUGGUCAUCAGCAUCCGCUCCGCGUUUUUUAUUAGAUUUUUUUAAAGACACAUUUUAAUAAGCAAGGCUUGUUUGACUGCGGGAUUUUCUUUAAUCAGAAGGGCGAGCUAAGUAUAGAGGAAUAAGCACAUGUAGCCGUUGAAAAGCUAGCCGAGGAAGCUGACAGUUACUUUUCCAUCGGUCCCCGUAUGGUGGAAGGAGUCGCCUAGAUUGGUUAAUUUCGUAGACGUACAGUUAUGGAGAUGCUGAAUGUCACAUAAGGGCUGGGGUUUGACGUCAUCAAUUCUGUAACUAGUUCAAUGAGUUAGCUGGGGAUUUACCAUCCACUGCUAGCCCAUUAGCCAACUCCCCCGAGUGAUUAGUUUGUAACAGUUUAGUAAUUUUAACCACACACUGGAUUUAGACGAUGUCCUUUUUCAAUUUUCGGAAGAUUUUUAAGCUGGGCACAGAGAAGAAGAAGAAACAUUAUGAGCACGUUCACAGAGACGUCAAUCCUGAAGAGGAGUGGGAGAUCGUGGGAGAACUUGGGGAUGGAGCCUUUGGGAAAGUAUACAAGGCUCAGAACAAGCAGACCGGGAUCCUGGCUGCAGCUAAAGUGAUCGAUACCAAAACAGAAGAGGAGCUAGAGGACUACAUGGUGGAGAUUGACAUCCUCGCCUCAUGUGACCAUCAGUACAUUGUCAAACUGCUGGAUGCCUUCUAUUAUGAGAACAAACUAUGGAUUCUCAUUGAGUUUUGUGCCGGAGGGGCAGUGGAUGCUGUUAUGUUGGAGCUGGAGCGGCCACUAACAGAGCCUCAGAUCCGGGUUGUAUGUAAACAGACGCUGGAGGCGCUGGCUUACCUCCAUGAGAAUAAGAUUAUUCACAGGGACCUAAAGGCUGGAAAUAUUCUCAUUACCACUGAUGGGGACAUCAAAUUGGCUGACUUUGGAGUGUCUGCAAAGAAUACAAAGACACUACAGAGAAGGGACUCUUUCAUUGGAACUCCGUACUGGAUGGCUCCUGAGGUGGUGAUGUGCGAGACAUCGAAGGACAGGCCGUACGACUACAAAGCGGACAUCUGGUCCCUGGGGAUCACUCUGAUCGAGCUGGCACAGAUCGAGCCACCCAACCAUGAGAUGAACCCAAUGAGAGUCCUGCUAAAAAUAGCUAAAUCCGAGCCCCCCACGCUCGCAUCUCCAUCACGAUGGUCUCCAGAGUUCAGUGAUUUCCUAAGGAAGGCUCUGGAUAAGAACAUAGACAACAGGUGGAACACUUUACAGCUUCUACAGCAUCCAUUUGUUUCAAAUGUGGUAGAUAAUAAACCAUUGCGGGAGCUGAUUGCUGAGGCCAAAGCAGAAGUGGUUGAGGAGUUUGAGGAUGGAAAAGAGGACGACGAGGAAGAAGAGCCUGAGGCUCAGCUGGCAGUGCCUGGACACAAACGUGCAUUCUCGGACACCAGCGUCGGCAGCUCAGAGGAUGAGAGACAAUAUCAGAACACACCGACUCAUGAGUCAGUCACAGAGAGGGCUGAACCUGAACGAAAACCCAGUUCAGAGAACCAAGCUAGUGACAAAACCUCAGACAUGGUGGUGGACACCAGCAAGUGUGGUCAUGCUGAGGAUGAGAAGAUGAAUGGGGCUAGUGUGUCAGAUGCCGGCAUUGAGGACUCACGUUCUCAUGAGGAAUCUGUACCUAAACAAGAAGAAUCUCCUAGAAAAAUGACCACCGAAAUAGAGAUUUCUGAUAAACCAAAUUUUCCAGCAUCAAACGACACUGAAACAGUCCUCCAAGAGAUUGUGAUGGUCAGUGAGGAGACUGGAGAGAAAGAGAAGAAAGUGAAGGUGAAUGUGCCAGAAGAGAAUAAAGAAGAAGAGCAUGAAGAAAUGCAGCAUGAUAUGGAGGAAACCAAAACACAAAUCACCACAGACAAAGAAAAGGAAUGUACUCAGAUUUCACAAGUAGCUGAACCAGAGAACAAACCUAACAGUGCUAUUGAAGAAUCCAUCACCGAAGCAACUGAAAGUAGAGCAGAUUUUUCAGGAAAGACUGAAGACAAAAUUGAGAGUGAGAAAACAGAUAAGAAGGAAAAGGAGGAAGAAGAAAAAGCAGUAACCUCACCAGAUGUUCGUAUAGAAGAUGUAGAGGCGGCGCAAAUGGAAAUCUCCACAGAUGUUCCUACAGAAGAGGUAAAAGUGGAACUCCCACAGGAGUCAACAGAGGAGGCUGAGAAAUCAGAACAUGAAGAGGUCAAGCCUGUUGUGCCUGUAAAUAUACCAAUUGAGAUGGAGAAGGGGGUAGAUUUGGUAGAAGAGUCCUCUCUGAAUGAAUUGCCUGUAGUUGUCAUCAACGGCAUGAAGAAAAAGGAGGUCAGUGCAUCAGAGGAACCUCAUGAAGACAUAGAAGACAGACCAGAGGCCCAGGAAGCACCUACCUUGCCUGAGAGUGACGAGAAGUCAGCUGAGGUGGUGAAGCCUGAUAAUGAAAAGGAGAAAGACUCAGACUCAGGCAGCAGUUCUGCUGCAGAUACUAACAGUAUUGACAUCAAUCUGUCAAUCUCUAGCUUCCUAUCGAAAAGCAAAGAGGGAUCAAUUUCUAUACAGGACACCAAGCGUCAGAGGAAAACUCUGAAAAAGACCCGUAAGUUUAUGGUUGACGGGGUGGAAGUGAGCGUCACCACAUCAAAGAUUGUCUGUGACAAUGAUACCAAAAGCGAGGAACUGAGAUUUUUGAGACGUCAGGAGCUCCGAGAACUGAGGCUGCUGCAGAAGGAGGAGCAAAGAGCUCAACAGCAGCUCAGCAACAAACUCCAGCAGCAGAAAGAGCAGCUCUUCAGACGCUUCGAGCAGGAGAUGACAGGAAAGAAGCGUCAGUAUGACCAAGAGGUGGAGAACCUUGAGAAACAGCAGAAACAGACCAUAGAACGUCUGGAGCAGGACCACACCAACCGGCUGAGAGACGAGGCUAAGAGGAUCAAAGCAGAGCAGGAUAAGGAGCUCUCAAAAUUCCAGAACAUGCUGAAGAACCGCAAAAAAGAGGUCAAACAAGAGGUUGGACUGUCUCCCAAACACAUAAGAAAAGAGCUCAUGAAACGCAUAAAAGAAGACCUAGCAGUCGUUCAACAGGAAGAGGGGGUGGCCCAGGUUAUGAUACAGUCGUUUCAAUUGUCCUCAUGUGCUCUGUUCAACGCUCAGAUGCAGGAUGAGCAAGAGUAUAUCCAGAGGCAGCAGCAGGAACUGGAUGGAGCUCUAAAGAAGAUCAUCCAGCAGCACAAACUAGAAAUUGCAACUAUAGAGAGAGACUGUCUUAACCACAAGCAGCAGCUCAUGAGAGCUCGAGAAGCAGCCAUGUGGGAGCUGGAGGAGCGCCACCUUCAGGAGAAACACCAGUUGAUGAAGCAGCAGCUGAAGGACCAGUACUUCAUGCAGAGACAUCAGCUCCUCAAGAGGCACGAUAAGGAGAUGGAGCAGAUGCAGGGUUAUAACCAGCGGCUUAUAGAGGAGAUGAAGAACAGGCAGGCACAAGAGAGAGCUCGGCUGCCGAAGAUCCAGCGUGGCGAAGCAAAGACCCGCAUGGCAAUGUUUAAAAAGAGCCUGCGGAUCACUGGCACAGGAACACCAGAGCAGGACAGAGAGAAGAUCAAACAGUUUGCCACUCAAGAGGACAAGAGACAGAAGAAUGAGAGACUUCAUCAGCAUCAGAAACAUGAGAACCAGAUGAGAGACCUACAGUUACAGUGUGACUCCAACAUCAGAGAACUUCAACAGAUGCAGAAUGAGAAAUGCCACCUGCUGAUUGAGCAUGAGACUGAGAAGCUGAAGGAGCUGGAUGAGGAACACAGUCAGGAGCUGAAAGACUGGAGGGAGAAGCUUCGGCCCAGAAAGAAGGCUCUGGAGGAAGAGUUCACAAGGAAAUUGCAAGAACAGGAAGUCUUCUUCAAGAUGAGUGGAGAGUCUGAAUGUCUCAACCCCACUGCCCAGAGCAGAGUCUCUAAAUUCUACCCCAUUCCCAGUGUUCACUUCUCUGACUCUUAACAUUCACCACUGAGCUUUACUUCAAGCAAGCAAGGACUGUUCUAGUCAAGAACACCAUUCAAAGGUGUGAGAUCAGAAUACAUACAUGGGGUUAAACAAAAUGCUGUAGUAUGUUAUACACAAGUACCUUUUGAAAUUUCUUUUAACAAUGAAGGACAAAACUUAUGCAUUACCUUGGCAUACUGCUUUUGCAACACUGAAUCCAAUGGAUUAACAUUUUAGUUUUCUGUUAGUUGUCUUCUGGUGAUGUUUAUUUGUGCUUGAGACAAUGACAAAUGAAUGGAUACUCUCCAUGGCAAUAUCAUCUUGUCUUUUUGGAAUAAAAAUAGCCUUAAUGAGGGUCACAUGAUGCAAUGCCACAAAACAAGCAUGACCUUACAGCCACGGUAAACACUGAAAUGGUGGGAGAGGAUACAUUUAAAAAACAAAACAUGUGGACACUAGUCAACGUUGUACAAUUCUAUAAAUGUUCAAAUUGCAGAGCUAGCUAAAUUAGCUUCAUGCUGAAUUAGCUGUUAUUUGUUGUAUUUCUUUCAUUCUUUUGUUUGCCAUGUUUAUUUGUUAUUAAUGUCCAUGCAAAUUUAUUUUUAACAUAAACUCUUAGUAAAGUCAUAUUUGCUCUUUGCGUAUGGAUUGUUUUCAUUAUGGUUAGAUUAAAGACAUUUGCAGUCCCUGGAAACUCAAGGAAUGUAAACUGUAUAAUGACAUUGCACACUUGAUAACAAAUUGAACUUAUGCAGUAGUGAUCUCUUUAGUGCAUUAGAAAGGAAUUUGUGCCCUAAUAUUUAUAUACGAUGAUGUCAUUUUUCAUUUGGCAAGUCACUGUGGUCCAGAGCACCCAAGUUUAUUUUUCUAUGAGCAAAAUAAUUUCAUGUAUUUGAAGGAGCAUAGGGCAGUUUUUGCCUUUUAUGAAUGUUUUCAUAUAUGGUAUUAAAAAGCUAUUUAUGGAUUUAGCUGAAAGAGAUUGUUUAUAUUGAUGUUGGUUUUUUUCCCCUCGUUUAUCCAAUUUGUAAGGGUAAUAUAAAAUUGCACGUUACAUAGUUUAUCUUAAGUUUUAUUUUUAUUGUAGGAUAGAGCAGUGUUUUGAAUGGUCCUGUGCAAGCUGCAAAAGUGUGCAUAAGCAUUUCAGCGAGAACACGUGGACAUUUCUCACUUUUGCUGAGGAUUAUUCCAUCUGAUUCAAGCUCUAUUUUUGAUGACAUGUUUUGCGCAAUUAAUGCUCAUAAUUUCUUUAUCUUAUUCAUAAAAUGACAAAUGCUGUGCUUAUAUAUGUUGUGCAUGCUGAGGAAAUCCCAAAUUCUGUAUUUUACUAAAUGAUGCUUUUUGAUCAAACCACACAUUUUACUAAGGCUCCAUUUUAAAAGUUAGCAUUUGCACAAAUGGUGCAUGACAAACUAGGAUACUUUCCAGAGAGAGAGAAAGGGACAGUUUCAUUGUCAUACUGCUGAACCCAUAUCCUCUUGCAGCACUUUGAUGGAAUAUAUGAAGCAUUUUUUUUAGGUCAAUUUGUGUCUAAAAGCUUGCGUGUCCAUUAAUUGAGAAGAUAUGUAAGAAUGCUGUAAUAAUAAAACCAUAAUUGUAUUUUAUAUUAUUUGUCUGUUUUGUCUACAAAACAUUGAUCAUGUUUACUUGCACAAUCUUUUACACAGUUAACCUGAUUUUACAGUUAAAUGCAGGGUUCCCACGAUCAUGGAAAACAUGGAAAUACAGUAUCAGGGAAUUUUUAAAUUGUGAUUACUGGAAUAGUCAUGGAAAUGAAUAAAAUCUUCAAAUGGAAAAAUCAUGGUAUUUCUUUAUAGUUAGUAUGUUUUUAUUAUGCUCUGUCCUAAAAUAUUUAAUCAGGGUGUCAUGUUGCACUGGAUUAAAAACACACAAUGUGUGAAGAGUGUACAAUAUAUCAUGUUAUUUCGAAUACCUUACAAAAUAGAGACAAAGAUGUGCCGCAAAUUUUAGGAUUCACACAAUGUUGUUUUACAAAUUUGCAAUGAUGUGAUUUCGGUGCCAUUUUCAGAAUGAAAGGCUAAAUGUUUGGGCAUAGGAUUUAGCUUUAAAGUCAUGGAAAUUCAUUGGUUGAUAAGAGGGGAAACCCUUUAAAUGCUUUAAAUGGCUUUUCUUUA